AUGGCCUUCAAGACCGGCACGUUGUACAAGAAGGGCUCUGGCAAUGGGUUCUUCAAGCGCUACGACUGGACGCCGCGCCACUGCAUCCUCACAAGCACCGCGCUCCACUACUUCACCUGCCAAGACGGCGCGCUGAAAGGCAGCAUUGACUUGACCGAGUGCACACUGCAGUCGUUGGAAGUGAUGCCGGCAGACUGCCCCAAGACUGGCCGCUCCGUGGCCACUGGUUGGCGCAUUGCGAUUCAAACGCCGACCCAGCGGUACUUUAUCGCAGCCCCGUCCGAGCGCGACAUGCACGAGUGGCUCCAUGCAUUGAAAAUUGCGGUCAAGCUCAACGAAUUGCGAUGGCUUCAAUCGGCAACCACUGUGAAGCGCGCCAUCCACUUCACGACUCCAUGCGCUGCGCGCUAA